UAUUGGUUCAAGAACAAUAAUCAUGAGAAAACAUUCGAAACAGUAGUUGCAGAGUCAUGGUAGCUCCGCUGACUCUGCCAACUCGUCGUCUCUUCCGUAUCCAUUAAGGUUCAUCUCAAUUUUCUCGAGAAGAAGAGACUCUGCAGUUUUCUUUUCUCGAGAAGAAUGUCUACGAGCAAUAAAGGAACCGUCUUGGCUCUGAUACUAGCGUUGACCAUGGUGGUGGUCAACGGUGUUUCACCGAGAUUCUUCGUGGAGAAGAGUAGCUUGACGGUACUUAACUCUUGGAAAAUGGGAGCUAAGCACGACGCAGCCAUCGCAAACUUUGGCAUUCCAAACUUCGGUGGUUUCAUGAUCGGCUCUGUCGUCUACGCAGGCCAAGGCGCUUAUGGAUGCGACUCUUUCAACAAAAACUUCAAUCCCAAGUCUCCUUAUCCCACCAUCCUCCUCAUUGAUCGUGGAGUGUGUAACUUUGCUGUGAAGAUAUGGAAUGGGCAACAAUCCGGAGCAGCGGCUGUUCUUUUAGCAGAUAACAUUGUUGAGCCAUUGAUAACAAUGGAUUCACCAGAGGAAUCCCAAGAUGAAGAUCCUGACUUUAUAGACAAAAUCAAGGUCCCAUCGGCUUUGAUCCUUCGCUCUUUCGGUGAUAGCCUCAAGAAUGCUCUUAAAAGAGGCGAGGAAGUAAUCUUGAAGAUUGAUUGGAGUGAGUCUAUACCAAACCCUGAUGAGAGAGUUGAGUAUGAGCUAUGGGCUAACACUAACGAUAAAUGUGGUGUGCACUGCCAUAAGCAAUUAGAUUUCAUAAAGAACUUUAAGGGAACGGCUCAGAUUCUUGAAAAAGGUGGUUAUACUUUGUUCAGACCUCAUUACAUUGCUUGGUUUUGUCCCAAAGAGCUGCUGCUUAGCAAGCAGUGUAAGACUCAGUGUCUAAACCAAGGGAGGUAUUGUGCUCCUGACCCUAAGCAAGAAUUUGAAGAUGGAUAUAAUGGUAAAGACGUCGUUUACGAGAAUCUGAGACAGUUAUGUGUUCAUAGAGUAGCUAAGGAGAAGAACACUUCUUGGGUUUGGUGGGAUUAUGUGACAGAUUUUAACAUCAGGUGUUCUAUGAAGGAGAAGAAAUACAGCAGAGAAUGCGCAGAGACUGUCGUGGAAUCUCUCGGGUUGUCUCUUGAGAAGAUCAAGAAAUGCAUUGGUGAUCCUGAUGCUGAUGUAGAGAAUGAAGUUCUAAAAGCCGAACAAGCUUUUCAGUUAGGCCAAGAGAAUCGCGGGGUUGUUACAAUCUUUCCAACAUUGAUGAUCAACAAUGCUCAAUAUCGCGGUAAACUGGAGAGAACUGCGGUGCUGAAGGCUAUAUGUUCAGGAUUCAAGGAAAGAACCGAACCUUCAAUAUGUUUGAAUGCAGAUAUAGAGACCAAUGAAUGUCUUAUAGAAAAUGGAGGAUGUUGGCAAGACAAAAGAUCUAAUGUAACGGCUUGCAAGGACACAUUUAGGGGAAGAGUAUGUGAGUGCCCGGUUUUUAAUGGUGUUCAAUAUAAAGGAGAUGGUUAUACCUCCUGCAAACCUUAUGGACCUGCUAGAUGUUCAUCGAACAAUGGAGGCUGCUGGUCUGAAACCAGAACGGGUCUAACUUUCUCUGCUUGUUCAAACUCAGAGACAUCAGGAUGUCGUUGUCCUCUAGGCUUCCGUGGAGAUGGUCUGAAAUGUGAAGACAUCGAUGAAUGCAAAGAGAAAUCAGCUUGUCAAUGUGAUGACUGCAAAUGCAAGAACAAUUGGGGAGGAUAUGAAUGCAAAUGUUCCAACAAUAGUGUCUAUAUGAAAGAAGAAGACACUUGUAUUGAGAGAAGAAGUGGAUCAAGAAGCAGAUGGUUGUUCACAAUUGUGGUUCUAAUCGCCAUUGCGGGUAUCUCUUUAGGUGCUUAUAUAUUCUACAAGUACCAUCUUCAGUCUUACAUGGAUUCAGAGAUCGUGUCCAUUAUGUCUCAGUACAUACCACUCGAUAGCCAAAUCAUUAACCAAGACUCUUAAGUAAAUAAAAACUCUGCUUUGUCUUUUAUGAAGAUUGUUGAAUCUUUGUAACAUAGGGGAUCUUUUUGUAAAGAAUCAAAAUUUUGAGGCGUUAAUUUAAAUUAAUAUUCUGAAA